AUGGCACCAGCAUCAUCAUCACCAUCAGCAGCUUCACCACUGGCAGCUCCGCCAUCAACACCCCACCCACAACCCCAACCCCAACCCUCCUCACCCCCCUCCACAACAACAACCCUCUUCCACCGGCACGACCUCACAUCCGCAGACGUCAACAAAACCAUCACCCUCGGCCUCGCAAUCUCCCCAUCCGGAACCCUCUACACAGCCUGGGGCACCGUAACCGAGAUCCUCAAGCUCCCCUCGCUCGUCCUCGUCCCACCAUCAGCAGACCAAAAGACGACUGGUAUUACCAAGGCGUCCGCGUCCACACGCAAACACAGCACCGGCAGCCUCUUACUUUCCCGCCGACGCAGCUCGGUCUUCACCUCGCACCCGCACCCGCACCCGUAUCCCACCCCCAAGAAUCUGAAGCACAAACCCGCGCGCUCGCGCUCACGCUCACCCUCGCCAACCCAAAAGCCCUGGACCUACAAAGACCUCACGAUCCGCGCGCGCAAGCCGCACGGCCACCUAUGCGCGAGCUCGUGCACGCACGCGCCCGGCGUCAACGUCUCCGAUUGUCCGGCGCCGCUGCCAGCGCCGGGUUGCGUUUCGGCGGGGGUGUGGGUUGACGAGGCUUAUCCGCGCGGCGGGGGGGAUGUUAUGCGUGGGGAUGGGGUGGUGGAUGAGGUUUUGGGCGGCGUGAGUGUUGCUGUUGUUGAGCCGAUGGGGUUGAUGGAGAUGGAGGAGCUUUGUGAGGAGGAUGAGGAGGAUGAGGGGGAGGGGGAGGGGGAGGGGUGUUGCUGA